AUGAACAAGAAAGUUAUACGCGCGUUCAAUCUCUUCAACCUCCAGUUUGGCUCCGAGAGCUCUGCCCAUGACUUUACACAGCGCGUCAUUUACUGUGGGGCAUCACAAAUUCAAGAGGCCUUGAUACACAUCCUGAAGGCUUCAAAUAAUGCGCAGAGAAAAUGGAUGCAACGAUUUCUUCAGAUUGAAUUGAACUACAUAUUAAUGGGUAUUGGACAAUUGUGCGCGCUUGGGUGGGACGUUCAAAUCCCGUUCAUUAUCCGAUCUCUUGCGGACAGUCUCGCAGCGGCUCCGGCCCACACUCUUCCUCUGAAGAUCAAGGACGAAUUUCUUAUGGCGGUUGCUAGUGCUACUGCUGAAAACUCUCUUGAUAAACGUGUCGAAUCAUAUGUUCACGAUUGGUGGACAUUAAAGGAUGAACCACCCACUUCGGAGGCUCUCAACCGCUCGAACAUGCAGGAAAUUAUUGCCUACCACGAACGUCAAUUCCUCAAGACAUUUGGGAUUAGUUUUGACGAUGCGUUGUCCGACGCUCCAACUCUGGGUCCUGAUGAUCCCUCUGGGAACACCAGCAAUGAUCCAAUCAUUGACCCUGUCCCUACCUUGAAGCUCAUCCAGCCUAUUCAGCUUGUGCCCGACGCCACUAAAUCAUCAGAUUGUGAAAACUGCAACAAGUUGCAUGACCUAUCCGUUGAUUUGCUUAAUCAACUCAGAGGAGCGAAGGCCAUUUUUGCUUCGCAUGUUGUCUCUGCAUGCAAUCAGGUAGGCUGUGUUGGUAGGCGCGCCCUUGCUCUUUUUGAAUUGUACGAGGCGUCUCAGAGACUUGCGGAUAACGAUGGCACAUUGGGAUCUGCGGCAUCAAAUGCGGACAAUAUAUUGGGUCCGCAGGGUAAAUGGACUUGGGGAAGGGACCUCACAAUCAAGGAGGUUUCCACGCUCGCAGCUGGGCAAGUCUCAGAUCCAGGCAGGUAUCUGCAUACGGGCUACAAAGAGAGCCUGGAGGAUGGGAGCUUGAUAUCGCGUUCCCAAUUCCAGCCAAAGAUGACGACGUCCGACAACUCUGCCAAGUCAGUAACACACACACACAGUGGCAUCGGGCCCGACGACGGCGGGGCGGAUUGCAACUCGAAUGCAAAUGGCGGGGUCGACGGCGGGCCCGCAAUUAGCAGCGCCGGGUCCGACAUUGCAUCUGAGUUUCAUUCCACUGCAACAACCCAGCUUCCACCUUAUUUUGAAUUUGGGACUGAUGGUGAGUCCACAUCCAGUCAAGGUGAGCUCAACAAUGGCACCAAUGACAGCAGGUCCAUGGACGGUGAAGAUGCCAGCAUCUUUGAGUCCGCCAUGGAUUUUUGGUAUAGUCCUGGAGAUUCCGACACAAACCAGGACUCAAACACCGUUGCCGCGGUGGAUGGGAUUGCUAUCAGCGACAAUUCCACCGAGAGUGACGAUGACGACUAUAGCGGUGACAAUGCCUUUGACCAAGUUGCCGCACUGUUUGGAGGGGACUCUAGCUCGGAAAGUGAAGAUGUGGGAGACUCAGCGGAGGAUGCAGAUGGAAACAUACAGCGGGAAAAUACACCUCGGCAAUAUACCGUCCUCGAUUUCCUUCACUUGGAUGCUGGCAUGUUUGAUGACGAAGACGACUCCGAUGAAAGCUACAACCCCAACAAUGAACAAGACUCCGAUGGCGACCUCAAUGACAACUCUGACUCUGACUCUGACUCUGAUUCCAACACAUCAGAUGCAGAGAAUAUGGAAUAG